AGGAAGACAGCGAACGAGAGGACGGUGUCCCUCCUGUCUCUUCAGUAGUCUGUCCAUCGCUCUCACAUACUGUACGUGUAUAUGUGUAUAAACAGUGUGUGUGUGUGUCUUUAAGCAGCUCAAACAGCAGAGAGUCUCGUGUUUGUUCAGUCUGUCAAUCAGUAAACCUGCAGCAGGAACAACUCCUCACAUACAGUGUCUGAACCUGGACUAACAGCUGUCUGCACCAUGGACACAGGAGUCAGUCAGGAUGUUUAAACUGCCGCUGCUUCACGUCUCGCUGAGCUGGAACCGAGAGAACGAGCGCUCUGAGGAAGCAGUGGCUCUCCGUUUCACCGCUACACAGCGCUGAGCUCAGGGUUUCAAACAGUGAUCAUGGCUGCAGUCGGAGCGGAGGUCACCGGGUCGUGGUUCCUCUCCUCAGGGGUCGUCAGCUUCUUCAUCCUCCUCCUCCUCCUCUCCAUCUUCCUCACAGCUCUCUGCAGCGAAUGCAGCAGACGUUCAUUUGAGCUGCGAGAUUCUGAAGACAAAAAUCCUUCAACGCUGAUCAGAGUGGUGAAGCUGGAAGAAGCCAUGGUGGCGAGAGAGAAUCCCAUGAUCAGUGAGAUCCAAAACGAUGAAAAAGAGCUGAGUCCUGCUGGAGCAAACACAGUCUCCUUCACUCCAUGGAGGGGCCACUUGGGGGCGCCACAGAACCACCAAGAUGUUCUGACCAAUGGCAGCGCAGCAGUGAUGAAGACAGCAAGAGAUCCUGAAACUGCUGGAGAGCCAAAACCUGAAGAGGAAAACGCCGCCCCGUCCACUGCGUGGAGGAGCCACCUGAGGGCGCCACAGAACCAAGAUCUGAACAGCUCCACCCCUCCAGACUCCGACCACAUCUACCACACCAUCGGGGGAGGGCGGAGCAGUGGCGACGGUGACUCUGACGUGUCGUCACCACCGACCAAUCACGAGCCAGGGGAGGAGCGCGGCGGUGAGGGCGGCGCUCGCUCUGCAGCGGCGGUGGAUCUGAGCGACAGGAAUUCAGUGUAUGCACAAGUCAGCAAGAAGGUGCGGCUGGCCACGCCCCCUGUUCAUACACCUGAGGACGCACAGGUGGAGGAGGAGCCUUCACCUCCGCUGCCUGACAGGAAGACUGCUGGAUGAGGAUGAAGGAAUGAAGGAUGGAAGCUUUAGGACAAAAAAUGACUAAAGAUGGACAAAUGAUAGAAAACCACCGAGGACGAAAGACGUCCAUACCAGCGUUUUGUCAACAUUUAGCCCAUAAACUAUUUAUCAUAUGAUGAAGUAUCAUAAUGUCAGUUUGUUUUCAAUCAUCCAUCAAAUUUGAGAUUUCCUUCCUUCCAGGCAGCCGCUGCUUUUAGUUCAUUUCUAUAAAAUUCGACUUGCUGUUGAUCAAAGAGCUGUGAAACUUUAAUAACAUCUGUACUUUAUAUGUGAUGCAUAUUAUAUUACAGCUGUGUGUUGAUGCAGCUGCUGAGACUAAUCUGAACUGCCUCCGUGACACAGGUCCCUGCCGAAACACUGACGCUAAAUAUAAAUGACCUCCUCCGUUGUCUUUCAUGUUUGCUUCAAUAAAGGUUAUGUGACAAAAACCGGCGAUCUCCACAUCUCCGGACAUACAGUGA